GGCCCCUCACUAGCAAGGGAACGCGCCAAAACCCCUCUGAGGGGAAGAGGCGGGGGCGUGUCUCGCGGUCCAAGGGUCCCAUUUGGGGGGGCGUGUCCGGGCUGGCCGCCAGGGGGGGUGUAACGGUCACUUAGCCUUAGAGGUGAAGCCUGCCCGGUCCCGUGCAGUCCGCUCAGCUGUCGGCCACCGCUGCCUCGCUCGUCCUCGGCGCCGCCAUGGCGGGGGGUCUAGAUUCGCUGGAGAAAUGCCUGGAGCGGCACCUCCCCCCCGAGGAGCUCGGCGAAGUGAAGCGGAUCCUCUACGGGAACCUGAGCAGAAAACUUGCCUUGCCGGCUGCGGCGCUGUCGGCCGCGAGCCAGAGGGCGUUUGAGCUGCAGGGCUGUGGAUUUGGAGCUGCGCCCGAGCAGCUGAGGCAGCCCCGUGUUGUUCGCGUGGGGCUGGUUCAGAAUAAAAUCCCCCUGCCCACAGACACGCCCGUGGCGGAACAGGUGGCCGCACUGCACAGGCGAAUAGAGGAGAUUGUGGAGGUGGCUGCAAUGUGUGGGGUCAAUGUGAUCUGCUUUCAAGAGGCUUGGACUAUGCCCUUUGCAUUCUGUACAAGAGAGAAGCUUCCAUGGACUGAAUUUGCUGAGUCAGCAGAGGAUGGUCUGACAACAAGGUUUUGCCAGAAGCUGGCAAAGAAGCACAAUAUGGUUGUGGUGUCUCCAAUUCUGGAGAGAGAUGAUGUACAUGGAGGAACUUUGUGGAACACUGCAGUGGUGAUUUCAAACUCUGGAUCUGUCCUUGGGAAGAGCAGGAAAAAUCACAUUCCAAGGAUUGGAGAUUUCAAUGAGUCUACUUACUAUAUGGAGGGCAACACAGGGCACCCUGUGUUCCAGACUCAGUUUGGAAGGAUUGCUGUGAAUAUCUGUUUUGGGCGCCAUCACCCCCUGAACUGGCUCAUGUACAGUCUAAAUGGAGCAGAGAUUAUCUUUAACCCUUCAGCUACUACUGGAGAACUCAGCGAGUCACUGUGGCCAAUUGAAGCAAGAAAUGCAGCUAUUGCUAACCACUGUUUUACAUGUGCCAUAAACCGAGUUGGAACGGAAUACUACGUGAAUGCAUUUACAUCUGGAGAUGGUGGGAAAGCCCACCAUGACUUGGGAUAUUUUUAUGGCUCGAGUUAUGUGGCUGCACCAGAUGGCAGUCGGACACCUGGACUGUCUCGCACACAGGAUGGGCUUUUGGUGACUGAGGUGGAUCUAAACCUUUGCAGACAAGCCAGUGACAAAUGGAGUUUUAAGAUGACUGGUAGAUACAAGAUGUAUGCAGAGGAACUCAUGAAGGCUGUCCAACUUAACUUCGCACCCAAUAUUAUUAAAGAGUAGCUGUGACGGUGUCCUCUGGUAGGAGAGCUCUUACACCAAGGUGAUAGCAUCUCCUUUACAAAACAAAAGUGAUCUAUGUACGUUAGUCUGCAAAAGUCUCCAUCUUCGAUUAUCUUACAGUUGGUACUGCAACUGAAACUUGGCAAGUGCAGGUGCAGUCACUGCCAGUCAAAACUUACUAUACAUUUUUAUAAAGUACUUACUGCAAAGCGAUGAGCAAAUGAUAGCAGGCUGGGUGAGGAACUCACCUGGUCAGAUUUAGCUUAAAUUCUGAAAUGUGCAUUAUACUAUAUGAGUGUUGGUGAUAUAGCAUAUACAAAACCAAUCUGGCCCUGAGGAAAUGCUAGUGCACUUUCCCUACAUGCUUUGUUUCAGUGGGAUAAAAAUGUCAACACUUAAAGGCUUUGUCUGAGACUUUCUGACACAUGUCUCCUUUUCUUUGUAUGCUGAAUCAGUCCUAUCGUUCAGAAGAGUAUCAGGAAUACAAGCAUUGACUCUUGGUACUUCCCAAAAGGAAGCGCUAGAUAAGGAACUGACUGUAUUUCCCCUCACUUCACAUGAUAACUUUACAUUGUUACAAGUGGCUGAACGCCCGUGCUGUCACACAGGUGUGUGGUUUGAGCAUUGGCCUGCUAAACCCAGGGUUGUGAGUUCAAUCCUCGAGGGGGCCAUUUAGGAUGGUAAAAAUCUGUCUGGGGAUUGGUCCUGCUUUGAGCAGGGGGUUGGACUAGAUGACCUCCUGAGGUCCCUUCCAACCCUGAUAUUCUAUGAUUCUAAGCUUCAGAGUGGUGUUUGGGGUUAGUGGUGUGUGUUGGUUGUGUCUAUUUGUGUGGGUUAUGUUGUGCUAGGAGAUUUAUGUUGAUUUUUGUGGCUGUGGCAAUUGGGCCAGGUAAUCCAGCAUCUAUGCAGUUUCCCUAGUACAACCAAUGAAAUUAUUGCAUGCAAAUUAGCUGUAGAGUAAGGUGGUUGCGUUACCUCUGAUACCACAAUGGUCUAGAACCCUCGGCAUAGCAUAGAGAUGCAUGCCUUACUAUAGCUGUACACCACCCAGGUGUAAUACGUAAGGUCAAAAUGGCUGAGAACUUAAAAAUUGGAUGGUAGUAGGCCAUGAAACCCAAUGAUGAUGGAACCUGGUGAUAUUGUAAACAAACAGAGCUUUCAAGCCAUGCUUGGACCUGUUUCCAUUGCUUCACACUGACUCAACAGACAUUUUAGGCUUCAGAGUGCCAUUCCUAGAAUCUUACUAUAUGGAUGCUGCCACACUAUGUAUUUCAGCUUGUGGACAUUGUACCUCUUAGGUUAUUUAUCUUGCUGGGGAGGUAAUGACCUUAGCAUUGCUGUUCCACCAUCUGACUCCUUAGAGCCAGGGUACCCAACAUAUGGCCCAUAAUCCUACACAGCCCACCAGAGCAUUCAUAAGGCUGCAGUGGGGCUCGGACUAUCAGCCCCGGGUGGUGGGACUCCUGCUGUCGGCUGAAAUCUUAUUAAGAUAUGUAGAAUCUGAGAGUGUGCUUAGGUUUAUGUGGUCUUCUAGUAUAAUAAAGUUGGGCACCAUUGCCUCAAGAGAAUUGGUGUAUCUAAAUUGGUGGUUUAAAAAAAUGAACUGCAUGUCCCAUGUAUUAGUUUUACAGGGGAAAAUACGGAAGGAAAAGGUCUGGCCAAAAACAGAGUGGUUGAAGUUAGGAUCUUAUGUCGGUGCCCAAAUAAGGAUUUAGGAGCCUAAUUUUUGGCAACCAUUUUUAAAAGUCUUGGCCUCUGUCCUGUAAAAAAAGAUUUAAAAUGAAAUGUGUAUGGUUUGGCUUGACUUAGUAAAGAUAAAAGGGGCCUGGGGGCUAUUGAAAAACCUUUGAAGGAUAAGUAAUUUAUUUAAAGUGAGCCAAGGCUCUAAACGUAUAAAGGAUGGAAUAAAAAUAAGAAAAAGAUUUGUUUGUAGAAUUCCCAAUAAAAAAAUUUAGUGGUAAAAUUUUCUUAAGAGAAUUGGUGGAAGUUCCCUUGUUUGGGACACUUAUGACAAGUGAUCAGUAAACAGAGUGUGAGAAAGUAAUCCUACAACGGCAAGGGGUAGCACUGGGUACUUUGUAGACCUUUUCCAGUGCGAAGACCAAACUUGUCUGUAAUGCCAGAGUAACUCCAUUGAAAUCAAAGGCAUUAUUCUCUUUUAUACUAAUAAAUUUUAGUUCAGAAUCUAGCUCUUAAUAUCCAAUUUGUAUCUUAACCAUCUUAAUGCUCUACAAUUUAAAAAAUCUCAGUCAAGCAGGAUUAAAUGCUACACAUUCUAUUAGGGCUUUAAUCUAAACUCCAUGAAGCUAUUAUGAAUGUUGCUUUCUAGAGCAUUGAUUAGUUUGGCCGUGAAGGACAGACAGCUUUGUAGCGAGACAUCUUUUUAAAUUACAGCCAAGCCAAAAAGAACUCUAACAGUGUUCAGUACUUUGUAAUGGAAUGUAUUACUAUUGCAGACUUUCAUAGCACUUCAGGAUUUUGUUGUCUUAUGUUCCUGUAGCCAGUUUUUAAAUACAGGAAACUAAAGCUUCUAAGCAGGGCCCCAAAUUACAUGAACAAAAAAAAGUAAGAAGGCUGCCUAGGAAGUUUUUUCUGUAGUAUAGGUGAGUAGCUUCCAACCUUCAGUCUGGUGACUGUUCCACUGGAAAUACAACCAUUGCAUAAUCCAUGGGUAUAACAAAUGAUAGUGGAAUUCAUUCAGUAUCACAUGCAGGAACAGACCAUGUGAUGUGAGUGGGGAAAAGGGGGGAUCAGUAGUGAGAAAGAAAUGUAAUAUUUUUAAGCUUUGUUCAUAACAUGCAUUGGAUCUGUCUGCUCACUUUUACUUUCCUGUCUCUCCCCGUGUCACACCCACAGUAAGCACUUAAUCCAAGCAGCACAAGAAAGCAGGGAACCCCAGCUCUGUGGCAAAACAAACUGCCUGAAAUGCUUGUAAGCAGCAGGACUGGUUCUCUCUGCAGGGGGGGUAUUUCUGCCUAUCUUCUGUUAUCUCUCUCUAUACCACCACCUCCAGGUUGAGAUUUGGCCAUAUUUAUUUUUUAUACAAAUUAACUGUAGAGUCUGGGAUUUCAUUGCUUUUCUUCUAUUGUUUUGUAUUAUAAAGCAUUUAAUACAGCCCACCUAGAACCAGAUAGUGGCCCCCAAACAGGACGUGACCUAUUAGUUGGGAAUCAUUGGUGCAGAUAAGGCUUCUGUGUAUUGAUCCCAUUAAAAGUAUGUAAACCCUAACAAAGGAAACUAUUGCAAGGAUGAUAGGAUGUUAUGGUUUAUCACAUAGUUUGACCUUGCAGCAGUUUAGCACAUAUACCAACCCCAUACCGUACCACUAUAGUUCAACAAAUGCCUUGGGGUACUCCUGUAGUACCCAGUAAUGGUGCUAGAGGCACAGAGGCUUUUAAGGAACCUCCAAAAGCCCAGCAUGGCAUUGUGAGAUGGAAUUAGAAGGAGCAGCUGAAUUGGUGCAGCAGUUGCAAUUCUUGUGGCUUCUUUCAAACCAUGCAGAGAAAUUGGUGUAGAUUGCACCAGUGCAGAGCUGAAGAUCUCAACCAAAGAGUUGCACUCAGCUAGGAUACUCACUGGUUGUGUGAUGCCUAAGACAACUGUAGUGUGUGGAUAGCAAUGGUACAUGGAAUGCUUUGAGCUUGGAAUGUAACCAGUUUUGCUUCCCUUUUUGUUUGCCCAGUAUAGUCUGAUGUAGUGAUGUGUCUGGGAAAAGUGAAAGGAAUAUGAACCUAAAUCCUAAUGACAGCAUACCCACAGCUGAAGUAAAUAUUUGUCUCUUAAGAGUUUCAAAAUGGCAGUUUCAGCUAAUUGUAUCAUUUCUAGUUUAAUACAUACAUCUUUUAAAGAUCUUCACACAUUUUUGCAUAAUAAACUGGUUGACAAAUACAGCUGCUACACUGUGCUAUGGGGUUCACUUAAAACCUUUAUUGAGAAUGGCUCAAUUACAGACAAAAUAUAUUUAUGUAUAAAAUUUCUCUGCAUGUAAAAUAUCCCUUUCUUUGCUGUGGACAAUAUGAAUAAAACAAGAUAUUACACAGAAA